CCGUUCAUCAUGGCGAUCUGAGAAAAAUAAUUUUUGCUCAAAAAUAAAAUAAAUAAUCAAGAGAAUUGUAAUUGCUGCGAAUGCAAAUGUGAUUACGCGAAACGUGAGUUCAAAUAGGACGCUGCGCGAAAUCCGACGGAUACGGACGGUUUUCAGCCAGUAACAAGUGCCUGGCGUGUGUGUCUGCGGCGGCAAAAAACCCAAAUGUAAAAUAUAUAACAAAAUCCCAACUACCCCAAGACUUUGUCGUGCGAAAGUGGCGGCCCAAGUGGGCGUAGUGGGUUUGGCAGUGGGAAAGCGCGCAGAUUACCCACUCAGACUUGCAGAUGCUCGUUGAGAAACCAAAAUAGUGAACCAAGCGCCAGCAAAAACCUGCAAAAAACCAAAGUGUGCAAAAACAACGAACAAUAACAAAAGGAAGCAAGCGGAAGGUAGCAGUGUACUAACUCGCCCGUGGAGAAGUGCGGAGCACAGAACUGCAAAGUGGCGUCGCUACUGGAUAUCCGGGCUGGGGCAGCAGCGGCGUCCAUGUCCACGGGGCAACAAGGGUGGACCACCAAGAACCACGACCGCACCACAGCCAGGAGAACGCAGCAACAGCCGCAGCCGGUGUGGUGUCGCCAACUUUGGCCUUAAGCAUGUAGUCUAGCAGCAAAGAACCCGUUCUCUAACAAGCACAAGACACAAGGGACAAGGUACCAAACGUAGCAAAAACACACACAAAUCCAAUCAACACCAAUGAAAAAUGUCACAAAGAGGUAAGCGCGGUAAUCAGCAUCACCACCAGUCGCACCAUCCGCCGCCGCAGCAGCAGCGCAAGGAUGUUGAGCCGCCGCCCACCAAGCGGCGCAAAGGCAGGCCGCCCAAUGGGGCGACUACGACUGGAGUCGGAUCUGCAGCGGGUCUAGCAGCUCCGGGGUCAGAGCGGGUUCCAGGUCUACCUCUAAGCAACAGCAAGCAUGACCAACAGGGGGAGCCAGAUGCUGAAGCAGGAGGAGGCGAAGGAAGAACAGCGGUAGGCGCCGGCAGCACUAGCAAAUCCAAGUCAACGAAGCUGGCCAAGUCGACAAGCAAAUGCAAGUCGCAAGGGGCGAGUUCGAGCAGCUCCUGGCAGGCGCGCUCUGUCGCGGACAUUAAGAUGUCGAGCAUCUACAAUCGCAGCUCAACGGAAGCCCCAGCUGAACUUUACCGCAAGGAUCUCAUUAGCGCAAUGAAAUUGCCAGACUCUGAGCCGCUGGCCAACUACGAGUAUUUAAUAGUAACGGACCAAUGGAAGCAAGAAUGGGAGAAGGGCGUGCAAGUGCCCGUCAACCCGGACUCCCUUCCGGAGCCAUGCGUUUACGUUCUGCCCGAGCCUGUUGUGUCCCCGGCACACGACUUUAAGCUUCCGAAAAAUCGUUAUCUGCGCAUUACCAAAGACGAGCACUACUCGCCGGAUCUGCAUUACCUGACGAAUGUCGUUGCCUUGGCGGAAAACACUUGUGCCUAUGAUAUAGAUCCCAUUGACGAAGCCUGGCUGCACCUCUACAACGGAGAUCGUGCCCAGUGCGGUGCUUUUCCCAUCAACGCUACGCAGUUUGAGCGCGUUAUUGAGGAGCUGGAGGUUCGUUGCUGGGAACAAAUUCAAGUCAUACUUAAACAGGAGGAAGGCUUGGGUAUCGAAUUCGAUGAGAAUGUCAUCUGCGAUGUUUGUCGGUCACCCGACUCUGAGGAGGCCAAUGAAAUGGUAUUCUGUGAUAAUUGCAAUAUCUGUGUGCACCAAGCUUGUUACGGCAUUACAGCGAUUCCAUCAGGCCAAUGGCUCUGUCGCACUUGCUCCAUGGGCAUCAAGCCAGAUUGCGUUCUUUGUCCGAACAAGGGCGGCGCCAUGAAGUCCAACAAGUCGGGAAAGCACUGGGCACACGUCUCCUGCGCCCUGUGGAUACCCGAGGUCAGCAUUGGGUGUGUGGACCGCAUGGAACCCAUUACGAAAAUUUCAAGCAUUCCUCAGUCGCGCUGGUCUCUGAUCUGUGUGCUUUGCCGUAAGCGCGUUGGCAGCUGCAUCCAGUGCUCAGUAAAGCCAUGCAAAACCGCAUAUCAUGUGACCUGCGCGUUCCAGCACGGCUUAGAAAUGCGUGCAAUCAUCGAAGAAGGCAAUGCUGAGGACGGCGUGAAGCUGCGCUCCUAUUGCCAAAAACACAGCAUGAGCAAGGGUAAGAAGGAGAAUGCUGGUGGCCAUGGCGGAGGUAGUGCCUCAGUCGCAAGCGCCAUGCACAAAGCGAACAGGUACGGCAGUAGCACAGGCGGGGCAGCAGAUGAUGUCAGCAACGCGUACGGGACAUCUGGAGAGGAUCCCCGCAGGCGGAAAAAUCAUCGAAAAACCGAACUGACCUCCGAGGAGCGUAACCAAGCGAGGGCUCAGCGUCUUCAGGAGGUGGAGGCUGAGUUCGAUAUGCACGUUAACAUUAAUGACAUAAGUUGCCAUCUCUUUGAUGUUGAUGACGAUGCCAUUAUUGCCAUAUACAACUAUUGGAAGCUCAAGCGAAAGUCUAGACACAACCGCGAACUAAUCCCGCCAAAAUCCGAAGACGUGGAGAUGAUAGCACGCAAGCAAGAGCAGCAUGACAUGGAAAAUCAUAAACUAGUGGUUCACUUGCGACAGGACUUGGAGCGAGUUCGUAAUCUUUGCUAUAUGGUCAGUCGAAGAGAGAAGCUUUCGCGAUCUCUCUUUAAGCUUCGCGAGCAGGUCUUCUACAAGCAGCUCGGAGUGCUGGAUGAAAUGCGCCUCGAGAAGCAACAACCGAAGCAGGAUGAAAAGCAGCGGCCAGUAAUGGACCUGGACGCAGUCAUCUACGCCAACGACGGACCCACUUUGUACGACCGCUUUUACAGCUCAGCUGGAGGACAAACUGUGCCGGCGCAGUACCAGGAUUUAAAGUAUAUUCUCGAACAGCUGAUGGGUAAGAAACAGAGUGGUAAACAGGGACGUGGCCGUGCUUCUCAGUCUCCUAACAAGCGCAAACAGCCCGCAAAAGCCUCGCCCAAUAAAAAGCUCAAUAAUGGCGCCCUCAGCUCCCGCACGUCUUCGCCUGAGAAGCCAGCGGGAUCAUCGAGUAAGGUGGGACCGACUGUCGCUAAGGUACGGGGAUCCCCGCCUGGGAAGCCGCCUACAGGGAGGCGUGCCUCAAAGAGCAGCGCGGCGGCGGCGACGUCGACCCACAACAGAAAUCAAUUGCCCCCAAAUAUCCGCAAUAGCGCGUCCUCCCAUUCGUCAAGCGGCAGUUCAUCAUCGGGUAAUUCCAGCUCGGCGAAUAACAGCAGUAGUUGCGAUAGUUCAUCUGGAAGUGAAUCGGGUAGUGAGAGCGGAAGCUCCAGCGCGGCCAGCGGAGUCUCCAACCGAAAGUCUUCCUCAGGAAGAAGCCCCCUUAAGAAGCAAACCUAUGCCCGCUCCGUUCAACAGCGGCAGAAACAGCGCCAGCAUCGCCAAAGUGAAGCAGCUACGGGUCUGUCUGCAGCGUCUCCGGAUUCCAGGUCCGCAAGCAGCUCCAGCGAAGACGAAGGCGAUCGUCGUAAAAGUGGGCAAGACCCAGAGCGCGGGACGAGACGUGGACCAGUCCACAGCAAACCAGUACCUAACAAAAGCCAGCCAACUAAGUCAAAACCAAUCACAGAAACAGGUGCUGGUGCGUCAGGGAGAAGAAAACUGUCCACGACAACACGAGGACUUGCCCAAAUGGACAAAGAUGCCGAGGAGAGCUUGUCGAGCGACGAAAGUGAAGAGUUGCUGCCUCUGAGGCGCGAACGGCCUGAGAUCAUAACGACGUCUGGACUGCUUCCGACUGGCGACUCGGCCACAAGUCGAAAGAUGGGCCAGCACAUAUACUCCGACUCGGAAAGCAGUUCCUCUUCCCAGGGAAAAGACCCGGAGGAGCAGGCAACUGUGGAAAGUAACGUGAGUGAUUCACAAAACCAGCAGACGAUUCGAACGAAGGCGGCUAUGAAAGAGUUUGUGCCAGGAACAGCCGCCACAACCGCCAACACUCCCCAAGCUGCGUCAUCGGCUAGCAAAGCUAAGUCGAUCCGUGAAGGAAAGGACGCGAAGGACGGAGCUAGCAGUACCAUUAACAGCAUCAGCACAAAGUGUAAAACGAAUUCGAAUGCCAAGUUGCCAUAUCCGGCAGAUCUCCUUGUGGUGCCACAGCGACAGGCAGCCAAAAAGGCAUCCGAAAACAUGCGGUCCACGAAUCUCGCCACAACGCUUCAACCAGAUGCCUCUGACAGAGUCCGAGAGCCGGAAACGAACUCAUCAAGUGCCAAAAGCAGGCUUAAUGCCUCAUGCUCCCGAGCAGCGCUUGACACGGAUAAGUCCAGUCUCGAGAAAGUCCGACAAAAGGAGCAACCACAAAAAGGGGGUGGGAAGGCAUCCGAAAACGCACCCGCGGAACGUGGAAAGCGUGGAAGACCACCAAAGGUUGCAAAGGACCCGCGUCCACUUCUGUCUACUUCGGAAAAAGAAAAGGCUCCGGUUCCCACGCCGCCUCAAACCAAGGCCCCACCUGUCGCCAGUGCCCCAGCCAAGUUAAACUUUGCCGUAUCCCUGGUUCCUCAACGUCAAGCGGCUAAGAAGGCAGCGGAACAGUUGAAAAGUAGCAAACCGGUACCAGAAUCUUUCUCAACUGGGAACGACAUUUCGGAUAAGGAACCAGUGACGCUAGCGACUGGACAUGGAACGGGACCGUCUGCGUCAGUUACACCGGCUCGACGGACCUCACUUAAGGAAUCACAAAUUACUCCAAAGGAAGUCUUAAGUAGUAAGAGAAGGUCGAAAGAAGAUCCGGCAGCGACUCCUAUAAAGACUCCAGUCAAGCGCCGCGUAGCGGCACCCAAUCUUUCAAGUUCCAGCUCCGGGGACAGCGACAGCUCCAGUUCUUCCAGCAGCUCGGGAAGCAGUUCGAGCAGUGGCGCAAGCGACUCCGAUAGCGAGUCUCAGGCCAGUGAUUCGGGGAAACCAUCAAACAGAGAGCCUGCACAGGUCACUCCGUCAGUUCCUUCUGUGUCCUCCAAUAUGCCAAAGCGUUCACCUCGCAAGUCUUUGGACAAACCGGCAAUAUCCGCCGUAACCGUUGCACCAGCACCGCAGCCUCCAGCUACGCGGUCUCGUCAGAACUCUACUACAAAAUCGCCAAAGAGAGCAUUACAGAAGCCAGUGGCAAACGCUCAGGAGGAUAUCUCAAGUACUCCCAAGGCACAGUUGCUCCGCCGACAGGGGUCUUUAGAAGAGGGGGCAAAGCAAGCCCACUCAGAACAGGCCACAAAGCGGGCGACCCGUGGCUCCAAAUCGAGGCCUCCCUCACCCACCGCCAAAUCCUCUCCAGAAAAGACAACUUCCAGGCGCAAAUCCCGAACGGAUGACUCACCGAAGAAGGUGGCAAAUUUGGAACAUGAAAUUAACCAAAGGAAAGCAGCCAGCGGCAAGGCAACUAGUUCGCUGGACAAGCUUCUGAACAAGAAGCAGCAGCAGAUGAACCCUUCUGUACCAGCGACACCAGCACCAAUGUCACCGACGCCACCUGCUUCCGCCAUACCCAUAGUGAAAAUUCAACGUGAUCCCGAAGAGGCGCCCAUUCAACAGACCAACCUGGAACCAGAUGCGCAGGCUGAACCCGAGCCGGAGACCGACACUGCGGCAGAAGCUGGUGAACUGCCUAUGGAUAUUGAUGAGGAGCUGACUACCGCUCCAACGCGUACGCAACUGUCCGCCAAUGCGAGUAAAUUAGCGGACAUUAUCGACGAUGAGCGACCCCCUGCUGCUCCGCUUCCAGCUUCGCCCACACCUACUCCUACCUCUAAUGACGAGUUGUCCGACGCCGGAAGUGAUCUAAGCGAGCGAAGGCGCAUUCGCUGGCGGUCCAGGCGGAGAAGGAGAAGACGCAGCCACGAGCCGGACGAGGAACAUACGCAUCACACUCAACACCUUCUCAACGAGAUGGAAAUGGCCAGGGAGUUGGAGGAGGAACGUAAGAACGAGCUACUUGCGAAUGCAAGUAAAUACUCGGCGUCCACCUCCUCUCCAGCAGUCACGGUUAUUCCUCCCGACCCGCCGGAAAUCAUUGAACUUGACUCAAACUCUGCGAACUCUGGAGCAGAUCAGAAUCAGCUACUGCUGCAAGAGCAAUCCUUGCCGGCUCCGCUUGUUGUGCAGUCCCCGGCAGCAGAGGUGGUACAAAAAGCUAUUCAGCAACAACUGAUUCCUUCGCAUCAGCCUCUUAUCGAGCAACUUCCUGUCGAGCACUUGCCGCCAGUGUUGACGGAGCCCAUCGUUGACACAAUACUCGAGAUGGAAGACAGCAAAUUCGCAAAUAACUUUGCGUCGAGCUUAGCCAGCGUGUUAAAUCCACCCAAUCCAGGGCAGAUAAGCCUCCUUGGUUCUAGCAUGGAUAGGGGAAAACAAAUAAGUGAAGAAGAUAGUAUUCAAGCAACCAGAAACCUCUUGGAAAAACUACGCAAAACUAAGCGCAAGCCACAGGAUGACUGUUGUUCCAAGGAGGCAGUCGAUUUAUUGCCACCAACUCCAGCCAUUCCGUCGGUAUUCCCUUUCCACAAUGCUGCGGACCCUGAGGAUAUUAUUCACGCCCAGAAAGAACAGCAGCAACAACAACAGCAACCACAAACUUGUAUUUAUGGCAACUCAUCUGGACCAAACUCUGUGGCCUCAUUGACCAUUAAGGAUUCGCCCAUGACAGCAAACAGUGGAAGCUAUGCAAACAGCCUUACCAGCACUCCAAAUGCCACACCCACCAAUGCAACAAUGAGCAAUCUGGGACCCGGCAGUGGCUUCCAAGUCAAUUUUCCGAACUCUCAGCAAGCCCCUACGUUGAGUCUCUUCCUGGAAAAAUCACCCCACCAAAAAGGAGCUUGUCCGCUACCCAGCAAUGGUGGAGCCCCUCCUGGAGCAGCUGGACCCACUCCCGACUUUGUAGAUUUGGCAGCAGCAGCGGUGAAGAACACUCUCGGUAGCUUUCGCGGAGCAGCUGCCGUUCCCACACAGUCCGGAGCGGCCGGCACCAACAAGAUCAGCGACUACGAUGAGAACACACGCAUGCAGUCGCCUUUUGGGAGGAUUCCGUGGAACGAAAAUGAUCUUAUUGCGGAGAGAAGGAGUAGCUCGCCCAGCUCAGUGUCGGAAUCCAAUGACCCUCCUCCGCCACCUGCAGCAGCAGUGGCGGCAGCAGCAUCGGCGGCCCGUACACUCGCCCAGCUUGAAAGCUGUAAAAACUACUUUAACAGCUAUGCAAGUGGAAAUGGAGGACCUAGCAGCGCUACAAAUGCUACGACGCCCUUUAACCAUGCUCCGAUAAACGGUAUCGAUGCCCUACCAAUAUUCAACAAUUCUACGGCGCCGCAGCAUCAACGGACAACGCCAACUCAUCAGCAGCAACAGCAGAGAACUCCAAACAGUCAGUACAAUGGAGGUAUCUAUCCCCAGCUUGCGGCCAUGAUGCACCCACAGACAACGCCGACGGAAACGUCACCUAGCUUGUAUGGCAAUGGCACUGUUGGCGGUGUCGGUCCUGUACAGCCAGCGACACUACCUCCGCCGCCUCAGGGCAACCAAUACUCCGGAACACCUUAUUCCUCGGCCGGCCUGGGGAUGCUUCCUGUGCAACAGGCUGCGCUUCCGCCCGUUCCCGUUCAGACCACGACAACGCCAAAUCAUCAAUUUGCCUUGACAUCGCCGGUGGAUGGAAAGAUGCCGACUUAUCCGAGUCAGCUGCUAAGCAGCUGUGCUGAAGCAGGCGUGUCCUCCAUGAUGCCACCAACGCCCCCGGUUCCAGUCACAGCCAAGGAGUCGCCGAGCAAGAGGAGCAGCGUCAGUAGUGGCAGUUCAUCCAAGAAGCAGUCGCACAAAUCCCCUCAACUGACGCAAGGAAAAUCGCCCGGAAAGUCGCCCCGUCAGCCUCCAACUCCUCCCGCACCAGUUCCCGUGGUGGCUUUGCCGCCAACCAAAUACGACCUGCAAACGCACACGUUGCAGGGCAAGCCACGUCAGCGAGCUCCGCGAGGAAGCGGCGCGUCUGGAGCGCAGGGCAGGGGCAGAGGACGUGGAAGGGGUAGAGGACGGGGUGCUGGGACUGCUAGUGGAAUGGCCAUGGUCCUGCCGCCGCCAAUGACAGAUUAUGGCAGCAACACCCAUAUUGUUAACAACUUGGUCGGAACGCCCUUUGAAUUUAACAACGAGUUCGACGACAUGGCAGGACCAGGUGUGGAGAAUCUGCAGUCGCUUAGGGACCGCCGUAGAAGCUUUGAGCUGCGAACGCCACGAGGACAGAAUAAGUCAACUACUACGCCAACUACCACAACAACCACCAAUCCCUUGUUGCAGCCAGUACUACCCGGACCUGUGGACAUGAGAACCUAUAAUCUUGGAUUCGAGGCGCCCCACAGUACGGCCUCCCAAGAAGCCUACCAAAAUAAUCUGCUGGGGGCCUUCGACUCGGGAACCGCAGAUCAAACUCUCAGCGAGUUUAACGAAGAGGACGAACGCCAGUUCCAGUCGGCUCUUAGAGCUACUGGCACUGGAACUUCUCCCAGCAAGCAGCCCUCAGCGCCUACGGCACCAGUGACAGUUCCAACUGCUCCCAAUCCGCCACCUACAGCAAGCCUCCUUCUGCAUUCCACUGAAGCGAACCAAAUGGCACUCAGCGCGGUUGCUGCGGGCGCUGCAACUCACUUGGUGGAAGGCUCGCUGGUUGAGGCUUCUUUGGAGGCUACGUCUGAGGAGGUCUCAAUCGACUCGGACAGUACAAUACUACACACCAAGACGUCCAUCUCCGAUGCCCGAAGUCAGCUUAAACUUAAGAUCAAGAGCCCACUGGUCUACCCGGAACACUUUAACGCCUUGACGAACAGCAACAGUCUGACUCUGUCCAGUACGCUGGUGCAGGCCUCCAAUGCAGUUCAGACCACCGUGUCCACUUCGACGAUAGUGAGUGCGUCAUCCGCCGUAAGCGGCAAUUCGCGCCGGAUGAGAAAGAAGGAACUGCUCAGUCUCUAUGUGGUGCAAAAGGAUAACCACAACGACGACAGCUCGUGCGGCCUGCCCGCCGCUUCCGACAACUUGCCGCUGGAUAACCUGCUGCGAAAGUCGGAAGAAGAAGAUGAACUGUCGGGCAGCAAUGGGUCAAAAAGGUUCAAGAAGAACUCCAGCAGUAGGGAACUCCGCGCACUUGACUCGAACUUGUCCCUGGUGGAGGAACAAAUGCUCUCCGGCGCUUCUGGAACGGGUGCGGGAACAUCAUCCGGCGAUGGCAGAAGACGUAGCGCUUGCAGCUCUGGCAGCAACAACGACAACAAUGGCAAGACGGGAGCUGCCAGCAGUGCAGGUAAGCGGCGGGGAAGGAGUAAAACUCUUGAAAGCAGCGAAGAUGACCACCAGGCCCCCAAACUGAAGAUUAAAAUCAGGGGAUUGGCGGCGAACGAGACUCCCUCCGGCAUUUUCAAUGCGGGCGAGGGACAGAGCUACAGCUAUGAGAUGACCCGCAGGGCUUGUCCUCCCAAGAAACGUUUAACAAGCAACUACACUCUCACGCUGGAGGAGAUCAAAAGGGACUCGAUGAACUACCGCAAAAAGGUUAUGCAGGACUUUGACAAGGGCGAGGACAACAAUAAGCGGGAGGCCCUUGUCCAAGAAGGGGAGUCCCUUAUAAUGCCCCAGCCCCCCAGCAAGCGACCUAAGUCUUCCAAGCCCAAAAAGGAUAAGAAGGAAAAGAAGCGCCAGAAACAGCAACAGCUUAUCCUCAGCAGCAGUACAAACACCAUGACGACUACGUUGAUUGAGAACACGGCCAGUGCGUCGCCAGGAGAUAAGCCCAAGCUGAUCCUGCGUUUUGGCAAACGAAAAGCGGAGACCACCCCAAAGACAGCCUGCCCUGAACAGCCACAGACGGAGGCACCGGCACCCCUGCGCUUUAAAAUAGCCAGAAACUCAUCAGGCGGCAACUACAUAAUAGGUACCAAGGCGGACAAGAAGGAUGAGCCAAUGCCAGAGAACACUUCCCCGGUAACGGAACUCCCGCUCAUUGCGCCCCAAGAAGAGGCUUCUCCACAGGGCCUGCUGCUCAACAACUUUACGCCGCACUCCCAAAAUGCCAACGCAUCGCCAGCCCUACUUGGCAAGGACACGGGCACCCCAUCGCCGCCCUGCUUGGUGAUAGACUCUAGCAAGAGCGCCGACGUGCACGACUCCACAUCUCUGCCUGAGAGCGGCGUGGCUGCCAUGGGCGUGCCGACGUCCCUUGUGGGCGCCACAACGCCUCUGUGCGUCAACGUUGGAAACUACGAAAACAGCAACAACUCACUGCCCUCGGCCAGUGGCACCGGAUCGGCUUCCAGCAACUCCUGCAACAGCAACUCGAACAACAACAACAACAACGGAAGUGGAGGAGGACCUGCCAGCGGGGGAGGCAGUUUACUUCCAUUGAAAAAAGACUGUGAGGUUAGAUGAUAAUCGUAGAGCGCGAGAGUGCCGCUUUUACGCGUAUCCUUUCCCGUCCCUUCGUUCAUUUAAGCCUUCGAUUCCCCCUUCCUUUGUGAUUUGAUUCCUUGCCCUUGCCCAUUUCAGAGUGUUAGCCUUUGUUGUAAAUUAUUGAAAAUCAGUCCCCAACCAAACCUUAAAUUGUACAGUUAGUUCUUAACCCGAUAUCCUUCUUUUAUCUGUCUGUAACUGGUUUGUUGGAAUCGCAUCAGCGUAAACAAGAUAUUAUUCUAUACCUAUAAUAUAUAUUUGAUUAAUAUGCAUAUAGCACAUUAUGCGAGAAUCAGAAAAUAUAAAUUGUAAAUUUUUAGUGAAGCAGAUUA